CAAAGAUUUGCCAUUUCGAUUCUCUCUCGAAGCUUUCUCUCUCUUCUUUUUUAAUCUCCAAAGAGAUAUACAGAGUAGAUCCACUACCAUCUCCAUCACCAUCAUUGUUUUCUGUUGGAGAUUCACAUAAUGCCGGAAUCAAGAGACAGAUUGUCUAGGCCCGAGGACAUUUCGGCGAUCUUUGCUCGUCGGCGGCAAUCACUUCGCAGUAUAGGUAUUCUAGCCGAUGAACCAGAUAUGGGUUCCAGAACUCCGUUCCGGUGGGGAACUACGGCGAUGACGGGACCCGUGGGAGUGGUGCCUACGCGAGGUGGUGGUCGUUUUGGAAGGGGUAGCCUUGGCACACCAAGAACUGGAAAUGGACGUGGCCGGAUUUUGUACGGAUCGCCAGCGGUGGGUCGAGAGAACAUCACGGCGGGAAGUGGCCGGCGAGCCCGAGGACGUUCCACGAACAGUGUGCUACCUUCUUGGUAUCCAAGAACGCCUCUUCGGGACGUCACUUCUAUUGUGCGGGCCAUUGAAAGAAGAAGAGCUCGCUUGAGAGAAAUCGAAGGCCUAGAAAUUGAGAGUCCAAUACCUCAGGACCAAGUUGCUCUUAAUGAUUCUACAAUAUCUACACCCGGUGCUCAACUCGAGCACAACAUUUCUAUGAUGUCUCCUAGUUCAACAAUUAGAAUGAAGCCUGGCUCCAAAUCUAUUGGUAAAGUCUCAAAGAUAUUGCUUGAUAUCACUAAUCAGAAUGCUGGAGAAUCAGAUAUCCUCACACCCCAAAAAAAGCUCCUGAACUCAAUUGACACAGUUGAGAAAGUGGUGAUGGAGGAACUGAAUAAGCUGAAGAGAACCCCCAGUGCAAAGAGGGCGGAGAGGGAAAAAAGAGUACGCACUUUGAUGUCAAUGCGCUAAUUGAUGCAAAUUUAUCUUGAUCUCCACAUCAACCCUUGUUGAUAGGACAGAUACCAAGGAUUUUGGAAGAGAGGAGAAUCGACAACUAGCCCGUGGUGAGAUAUAUAUAUCAUCUUCUGAUGAUGUUUUGGGCUCUCAAAGAAGCAAAGUUGAAUAUGCAUAAAUCACUAGCUUUUCUGUUUACUUGUUUGCAUGCUAACAUCUAGCUGAAGGUCUUAGAUUAGGAUCAGUAGGCAAUAUUGCUUGUAAUAGUUAGUAUCUGUUACUAGUGUUGGCGUGGGGUGUAGCCAAAGUAAAGGUUUUUCCAUUACUUUGGCUGGUUUUCAUGCCAUGUGACAUUUCUUCUCCAAUAUAAUAAGGACCAGUUUUACAAAAAGAACUGAA